AUGCCGAAUUCUAUUGUUGUCGAACUUGGACCCCAAAACGGGACUACUAACGAAACCGUGAAAGUUAUUGAAGCUCAACACCAUAAGGUUGCUGUAGAACCUAACAAGCAGGUAGAAGACACACCUAGUCGUGUUACUACUCCUAGUGUGAUCAAUCCAGUUAUCUAUCCUCAGCAAACUACUAAUGUAACUCCAGUUGUCGCUAGUACUCCCGCUGCUGUUGUUGAUCCACCUACUAACAUUAACAAUAAUCUUUAUCCCCCUGUUCAGACAGAUACUCAACACAUUAACAAAAAGAUAGACACUGGUGGCAAUAGACCUCCCUCUACGUCUCCCAUUGGGCAACACAAUUACAAAAAACAAAGAACCAACAUGUCGAAGUUCAAGUGGCAAGUGAAGCUCUCUGGCAGCUGGGAGAACUACUCCGCAGACGAAAACGCCCAGCUGACGCAAGCCUACAUGAGUGGGCUGAAGCAUUGCAGCUACCGCCUGCGUGGGAACGACUAUCAAUACAUUAUGUUGAGAAGCCUUUGAAACAUGCACAUGAUGAAGUAGAAAUUCUUUCACUAGAUCAGGACGACAAGUGAAAGAAGAUUGCUUGUCCUUGAGAAUUUUACAACUACGCACUUGUCACCAAUUGCCUAUCAUGUAUGAUUUUGUAGUUCUUCUAGUAGAAAUCUACUUUCUCGUCCAGUGAUCAUCCUCGUCUUCAUCACCCUGCUCUAAUGGGCAUUUUGAAACAAUGGAACAAGUGAACGUCGCAUCCGGAAAACGCCGUCAGAUCCGUCCGCCUCCAGGGCUGAAGCCACCGGCAGCGCCUGUAGUUCCGCCAGGACCUACGGUAUGCGUGCUUGUUCCACAGAGCGCAAAGCCAGGAGAUGUGCUGCAUAUCCCACAUCCAAAUAACACGGCUUUGAUGAUGCAGGUAUAUUCCUCCUAGCUUUGAUGAUGCGGGUACACACUGAUACUGUAGAUUUUGAGUUAUACCGAUAGAGGUUUCGCAUGUUUUUCUGAGGAGCUUGCAUGCCAAUUUGUUCCACAUUUUUGUUGUCGUGGUCAUCAUGAUAAUCAAACAGGACUUCUUCUAUCAUUUCGGAGUAACAUCGGCACUUUGAAUUCCUUAGAUCACGACAUUGAGCUUGAUGAAGACGAAUCGAAUUCAAAAGGGCAUCUUUUUUCAGGUAGCAGUUCCCGCAGACGCGUAUCCUGGCGCUCAGCUUCUCGUUCCCGUACCACCUGCCGAUCAAGUUGCGGCAGCGGUCCUACAACAUAUUGAUUUAUCGUGAAGAUAGUCAACAUAGUCACAUUGAAUGAAAUUGUGGAUAAAUGUUCUUGAAGCAAGUAGAAACUACCUCCAAUCCAUGAAGAAUCUACAUUCCAAUCUCUGAAGAGUCACCCUCAACAUCACACCUAGUACAACAGGCUCCCGCUCCCGACCAACCUUCUCCAUCUCCAUUCUAACAUCACACCUAGUACAACAGGCUCCCGCUCCCGACCAACCUGCUUCUACCGACCCUGCUCAAGCUGACACCGCAACCACUGACAAGGACACGAAGAAUGGCUCCGACAUGACAGGAGGUAUGGCUCAUGGUGCAGCAAUCGGAGCUGCUGGCAUGGCCGUAAUGGCUGGUGGCGUUGCGGCUGCGGUCAUUGCGACCGACAGCGGUGACGCCAUUGCAGACGUCGCUAUGGCAGGCGCCGACGAAAUCGGCCAAUUUGCGGGAGAAGCAGGAAAUUUUGUCAUGAACUUGUUCUAAUCAUGGCUUAGAAGAUACUAAUGAGAAUGACUCUACUAGUAUGAAAAUCUUCUAGGAGAACUAGUAAGAAUUUGCGAAGAAGGAGAUUUUCCAUAACUUCAUUGAAGUUUGAUGCAUGUUGCCCAUCAUGAUUCUAGAAUUCAUCUCACAUACAAUUUUGCAUGUUUAACUUUGAUCUUCUGAUCUGCAUGCUAGAGAAAAUCAAAUGAAAGAAUUCGAGACAAAGAUAGACUACAUGGGAAUGAAGUUUUUGAUACAAAAAAAAUUGAGAUCAUAUUACAUCAGGGAAGAAAAAAUCAGUUUAAAU